AUUAUACAGGGUUGGUCGACUUGUAACAAGGAGUCAAUUGGAAGAGAAUGGCGACACUUGGUAGUACAGAUGCAGUGGGGGCAGACCCAAUACCGAAGCGUCGAGUGCAUGGAAUGUUGAAAUUGUACUACGGCUUGAAUGAAGAAGGAAAGCCCGAGGAGAAAGGCGAUCCAUUGGAUCCGUGUGACAUCGACGGGGCCCAUUUCGAGCCUGAAGUUUAUCUGAAUAAACUGCGUAAGGAGUGUACUCUCGCAGAGCUGAUGGAUCAGGAAACUAACAUGGUCAAACAUAUCCGCUCUUUGGACAGUGACAUGCAGACGCUUGUGUAUGAAAACUACAACAAAUUUAUCUCUGCUACAGAUACAAUCCGUAAGAUGAAGAAUGACUUUAAGAAGAUGGAAGAUGAGAUGGAUUGCUUAGCAGCAAACAUGACUGCCAUCACAGAGUUUAGUGCUCGAAUUAGUAGUACUCUGCAAGAUCAGCAUCAGCAAAUAACCAAACUCUCUGGGGUACACAUGCUUUUGCGGAAGCUGCAGUUUCUCUUUGAGUUGCCAGCACGUCUCAAUAAAUGUAUAGAAUUAGAGGCCUAUGUGCAGGCAGUAUCCUACUAUGGCAAGGCACGGUCAGUACUGCACCAGUAUCAGCAUAUGCCCUCCUUUCAAGGUAUCCAAAAUGACUGCCAAAGCAUCAUGGCUCAGCUUGCACAGAGACUAAGAGAGAAAUUUCAAGAUGGAGGUUCAAGCGCAAAAGACUUGUCAGAGUGUGUUGAACUACUACUGAAAUUAGAUGAACCAGCAGAAGAACUUUGUGACAAGUUUCUAAGUCAUGCAAAGUCUCGUUUAGAAGAGGACCUAGCAGGGCUAGAGGCUGAUUUAGGAGUUUCAAAUGUUGCUCUUGGUACUAGUUCAGACAUUCUAGAAUUCAUUGACCGAGGCUGCAAUGACUUUGUUGGAAAUUUGUGCUUAUUAAUUGCCUCUUACCAGGACUUAUUUGUUAACCGGCUUCAAGAUGGAGCCUUAGCAUCCAAAAACAUUCCCCAGAUGGCAAAUGCGAAAUUGCUGGCUUUUGUCAAUAACCUUGUAGACCGUUACUUCUCUCUUGUAGAAUGUAGGAUUCAGGCAGAGAAAGGUGUUGGUGACAAUUCAUUAUUAGUCAGAGCCCUUGACCGCUUCCACCGAAGACUACAGGCCCUGUCAAAGCUUCUGCCUGGAUCCAACGUUCCCUCUAAAGGGACAGAGAUUGUAGUUCGUGCAGCACGUGAACGUAUCCGUCAGUACCUAGCAGCACUUCAGAGCUUUUAUAUGGACAGCUUAACAGAUGUUCGCCAGUCCCUCGCAGCUCAACGUCUUUCAGGAAAAGAUAGUGCCAACCUAGCAGAACUGCUGAGCACGCUGUCUGCAUCUAUUCUCAACCAGAUCAAGUCAGUUUUGGCUUAUGUCCAUCUUUUCACAGCUAAAGAUAUAAAUUUUUCCAACAAGCCUUACUUUAAGGGUGAGUUUUGUAGUCAAGGUGUUCGAGAAGGACUCAUUGUUGGCUUCAUUAAAUACAUCUGUCAGUCGUCACGGCAGUUUUGUGAAUCAUCAGGUGAUAAGGGAGGGUCCACUCCUCCUGCUCUACUUCUCUUGUUGUCCAGAUUGUGUCUGGACUAUGAGACAUCUACUAUCAGCUACAUCCUUACACUAACAGAUGAACAGUUUUUGGGACAGGAUCAAACCCCAGUAACACCUGUUACUGCCUUGUGUUCUGAGGCUCGUGAGGCUGCCCAAAAACUGUUGAAUCACUAUGUGAAAGUCCAAGGCCUCAUAAUCUCCCAGAUGCUGCGCAAAAGUGUUGAGACACGUGAUUGGAUCAACACCAUAGAGCCACGAAAUGUGCGUGCUGUUAUGAAGAGGGUUGUAGAGGAUACAACCUCCAUUGAUGUGCAGGUAGGACUGCUGUUUGAGGAAGGUGUGCGAAAAGCCCACAGCAGUGAUUCCAGCAAGAGGACUUUUUCUGUUUAUAGUAGCUCUCGUCAGCAGGCUCGAUAUGCACCCAGCUAUACACCAAGUGCUCCUAUGGACACCAAUCUGUUAAGCAACAUCCAGAAGCUGUUCUCAGAGAGGAUUGACAUUUUUAGUCCUGUGGAGUUCAACAAGGUGUCUGUAUUGACUGGCAUUAUCAAGAUCAGUUUGAAGACCUUCCUUGAAUGUGUUCGGCUGCGCACCUUUGGACGUUAUGGUUUGCAGCAAAUACAGGUUGACUGUUACUAUCUGCAGCUCUACUUGUGGCGUUUUGUGUCAGAUGAGAAUCUUGUUCACUUCCUGUUGGAUGAGAUUGUUGGGAGUAGUGCCCACCGCUGUCUGGAUCCCUCCCCAAUGGAACAAAGCGUCAUUGAAGUCAUAUGUGAACGGGGUUAAAUUAAGGCUGGACGUUACUGGCAUGGGAAAAAAAAAUAGAGAAGACAAUCUAUUUAAUUUAUAAGAACUGAGUGUUGCACAUAAUGUUAAAAAAGUCAUAAUGAAGCAAAUGGUGUUUGUCCAUUGGUUACAAAAAGAUCAUAUAUUGUGAAUAUCUUUUUUAACCCAUUUUUGUCCAUGGAAAAAAAAAUCCUAUUGCAGGACUACCAAAAAGUAAUGAAGACUUUAUGUACUGUAUCCCUUUUAAAAUUUCAUUGUGGACAUCUAGAAAUUCUUAAAUAGAAUUGAUUAUGUGGAGGUGGACUAUAAUUAAGAAAAUGUUAAGAUGCUUCUUUAAAAUUAAAGUACAGUAAAACAAGUAAAUUAAUUCAAUUGUCCAUGCUGUACCUAAAUGUGCAUGAUGCUAUUUAAAACUUUAAAUAGUACAGUUGCCUUUAAAAUGGUUAAGAAUUGAUUUCAUAGAAGGACCCAGUGGUUGAGCAAGUCUGGAAUUUCAUAGGUACAGCUGAACUGCAAACAACAGUUUUAAACAAAUAUUUAAAAUUCUCGUACAUCAUGGUGCUGGAAAGUGAAGGCCUCAUUAUUGGUUACAGGUUUACAUUUUGUAUGUCUCAGAAUUAUUGUUAGUACCAUUAUUGUGUUUUAAAUUAAAGUAAAAAAAAAAAAAGUAAGCAUACUGUUUUCUGACAGUUAAGUUCAGUUUUGUGGUGAAGAUAAAUGCAGCUCUUUCACCAAAAUAUUUCUGAAACUUUUUUUGUACUAAAAUGGCAAAUUAUGCAUCAUUUCAGUCCCCUGUAUAAAAUGAAUUAAGAACAUAACUGUAAAUACAAGGUUUUUGGUCCAAUCCCCACCUCACAUUUCAACAAUCACUUAACCUGCAUGUGCUUAUAAAUACAUAAAUGUCUUGGAGGAUAGAUGGGUAAGAACUAUACUACACAAUACUUAUGAAAUAAUUUUGUGAGGCUUGUUAUAAAAUGUGCCUUAUAAAAGUCAAUUACUUUUGUGUUUGACUACAAGAUUCUGUAGUUUGUAAACUUACUGGUACAUAUGUCUGAUUUACAAUGAUUUAUAUAUUAUUAUAGUAUAUUAUGCCUAAUACUACACUGACUUUGCUUGUCUAUAUUGCACGGAUUUAUUAGAUUUGAGAACAAGGCCAUUGGCAAAGCAGAUUUGUAUGUUACUCCUGGAGAACAUCUGUCUCAGUAUUUUAAAGGCAUAUUUCAUUAUUUCAUGACAAGUUUCUUAAACUUGAGAAGUUGAAAUUGCCACUUUUCAAACAUUUUGUAUUUUAUGCAAGCAUUAAGCAGGCAAAUGAUUUGUAAUUUGAAGGGACAUGAUUAGUGUCACUCCUGUUUAUAAUUAAAUUUACCCUUAGUCCAGGAAGCAAAUUGUUUACUAUAUACAAAUUAUUUACUAUGUAUAUGUUAGGGUGAUGAAUAAAACAAAAAACCUGUUAUUUGUACACUAAUGAACACAUUAUAUAUUGUAAAAUAAAGCUUGAUUGUGAAAGUUUA